CCCGCCAUAUUUACACCACCUCCACACGGCACCACUCUACUGCAAGUGUGCUCACGUCGUCGAACCGUAGCACCGUGUGCGUUGCUCACCACCCCAUGGCCAAGCGCCUCUUCCAUUCUUGCCGCUCCCCCUCCGCCGCCGACGUGGUCAUCCCCACCACCCAGCACCACCCACCGCCCUUCACGCCCCCCGCCGGGGCAUGCUGUCCGCGCGUCCUCCCUCGCCGCCGUUCCCUGCCACCGGACUCCUUCGGCGCCAGAGGCUGCGCCGCCGACUACUCCGCCGACGAUCUCCCCCCGGCCCCCGGAACGCCCGCCUACCGCUGGCUCAAGAGCUCCCGCUGGCACGUCAUCGAGGCCGCCGCCACCGACGGCGACGACACGCCCCGCCUCAAGAUCGACGCGCAGCGCCGGCUGCGGCGCUCCCGCCGCCGCCGCCGCCUCCACCGCAAGGCGGCCCUCGCGAGCUUCUCGUCCGGCGACAGCGGCUGGUUCAGCACCGACGAGGAGCCCGACGACGCGUACAGCCGCAGCCUCGGUGGCACGGCGGAGGCGACGGUGGUGACGUCGACCGCGACGGAGACCUCCUCCGGGAGCUCCGGCGCCGUGGCAGCGGCGGAGGCGGACGUGGCCGGGAGCUUCGCGGUGGUGAAGCGCUCCGACGACCCCCGGGCCGACUUCCGGCGCUCCAUGGCGGAGAUGGUCGUCACCCGCCGCAUCUACGACGCCGACGGGCUCGAGCGCCUGCUGCGCUGCUUCCUCGCGCUCAACGACCAGCGCCACCGCCGCGACAUCGUCGACGCUUUCGGCGACGUGUGGGAGGCCGUGUUCGCCAAACCACCGUCCCACGGCAACGUCGCGUCCGAGCCUGCACUGCAGCCGACGAGCUACGGCAAGGCUGCAGCGGCGUCCCGUCAGUAGAAGUGCAGAGCACGUAUGCUCGCCCUGUAUAAAAUGUGAUUACUUUGUACAUGUUGGAGUAGUAGACUAGACGCGAUGAGUAUGUAAAUUAUGUUUCUUCUUUGGGUUUGCGGCACUUGCCUCCUUUCGGUUUCUUGCAUGCUACUUCUUCUUCGCAGCAUGGAAAUGGGUGCCACUCUGAUCUGAUGCGAUAGGACGUGAACAGAGUACGUAUGUCUGCACACACACGCCUGGUUUCUACAUUUCUUUUCAGCUCUCUCGCAGAGGUUCUGUAGGAAUGUGAAUUGAUCUCGGAAAUAUAUUUCGUAUCAUGCAAA